AUGGAUUCGAAACUUAUUCAGUAUAAUGUUACUACUCGCUGGAAUUCCUCUUAUUGCAUACUUAAUGAUGCUUGGAAUGCCGCUCCUCAGAUUCAGGAAUAUCUUAAGAUGAAUCAUAUCUUACCUCCUUUUACUGACCAAGACUGGAAUCAGCUUGGACAAAUCCAGAUAGUCCUUGCAGAGUUUGAUAGAUAUACACUGGAGCUCUCUACUGAUAUUCCACAAAUCAGUCAAUCUUUGGCUAUCUACUAUCAACUCUUCAAUCUUCUUCAAGAAGUUCAGGAUAGGGAGGGAAAGUUCAAGGACUUUGACGCAGAUAUCGCUAAUGCAGCUAAGAGCUCCAUGAGGAAAUACGACAAGUACUAUACUCUUAUGGAUGAUUCAUGCGAUAUUCUCUAUAUUAUAAUGCUCUUGGAUCCUUAA